AUGCUCGUGAUCGGUCGACUAGCGCCCCGAUGGAAUGUACCCAUUAUUGCUCAUAUGUCUGGUGAUGAUAUACUCAGUGAUCGUUCCGCAUUUCCUACUCUUGGAUCUGUUGCUCUCACAUCGGCUAGUGAAAUGGCUCGCGCUACACUCACUUUCCUUCAGUUGAACAAUUGGGACCAGGUCGGAUUUGUACGAGCGGCGUCUAACUACGAUCGGCUCUCUCUCCAAUCACUAACUAAUCUUCUCAGGAGGAAAGAAGUCAAAGUGAAUAUUGUGAUAGAUGUGGAGGAAGGUCAAACGCCUGACGAUAUCAUUGCCUCCGGAAAGCUAAAAUUGCUACGAAACAAAGCAAGAAGUAACUGA